AUGGUCAGGCCAGGCUGUCCAGUCAUUCUGCUCCACCUCUUCAGCAUCUUUGCACAGAUGGGAGCAAGUACUCAGGAUAUCCUGUAUCCAUAUGGACCCAGCCACAGGGACCUAGAGACCCCCAAGAUGGAUGAUGGGAGUUCUCCUGAAAUUGUUUUGCUCAUUCCCUUCAUUUUCUUCAACGUCCCCUACCGUUCCAUUUAUGUCAACAACAAUGGUGUGAUCUCCUUCAACGUCCAGGUCAGCCAGUUCACACCAGAGGCUUUUCCCCUGAGCGACAGCAGAUCAUUCAUCGCUCCACUUUGGGCAGAUGUGCACAAUGGCAUCCGUGGAGAUGUCUACUACAGAGAGAGCACUGAACCAGAAAUACUGGAAAGGGCGACGCAAGAUGUCCGGAAGUACUUCAAAAACAUGCCCACCUUCACUGCUACCUGGGCCUUUAUUGCAACAUGGCACCAAGUCACCUUCUAUGGAGGAAGCCAGACAACCCCGGUGAACACAUUCCAAACUGUACUAAUCUCAGAUGGCGUAGCAUUCUUCAGUAUGUUCAACUACGGUGAAAUCACAUGGAGCACAGGAACAGCCAGUGGUGGAGAUCCUCUAACAGGACUGGGUGGGACAACAGCUCAGUCAGGUUUUAAUGGUGGAGACAUUGGUCACUUCUUCAACCUGCCGGGCUCACGGUCAAAUGAUGUAGUGAACAUUGAACAGACAACCAAUGUAAAUAUUCCUGGACGAUGGUUCUUCCGCGUAGACACUGAACUGAUAGACCCUGCCAAUGGCUGCAGCUACAAUGGGCGUUAUUACAGACGAGGAGAAAUCUUCUGGUUAUCUGAUCAGUGCUCACAGCGAUGCCGCUGCCUUGACAUCGACAAUGAGGUUCACUGCCAAGAAGCUCCAUGCGGGCAACUGGAGACAUGCGAGCAACAAGAAGGAGCCUUUUACUGCCAGCCGACUCGUACCAGCACUUGCGUGGUAUUUGGCGACCCGCAUUACCACACAUUCGAUGGCUUACUCUAUCACUUCCAGGGUACCUGCUCCUACCUGCUGGCUCGGCCCUGCUGGGAGAUGGCAGGGCUGCCAUUCUUCAGCGUGGAGGCCAAAAAUGAGAACCGUGGAGUCGCCUCUGUUUCGUGGCUCAGAGAUGUUACGGUGGAGGUGUAUGGUCACCGAGUCAUGUUACCAAAAGGCAGUUUUGGAACAGUCCAGGUGGAUGGCUUGAUGAAGACUUUACCAGUCCAACUCCAGCUUGGUGCUAUCAGGGUUUAUCAGUCUGGGGUUGCCGUUGCUUUAGAAACAGACUUUGGACUCUUGGUAACCUAUGACGGCCAACACUAUGCAUCCAUCUCCCUACCCAGCUCCUACUUCAACAACACUUGCGGCCUUUGUGGUAACUAUAACGAUGACCCUGCUGAUGAUCCUGUGCUACCUGAUGGCUCUUUAGCAGAAAGUGUAGUGGAGUUGGGGGGCAGCUGGCGAGCAGAGGACAUGGACUGGAGGUGUACGGAUGGCUGCGCCCAGAACUGUAGCGUGUGCGACCCCGUCACUGAAGCCUUCUACUUUCGCUCGGACUACUGUGGGCUCAUCAACAAAACUGAUGGACCGUUUAGGGACUGCAGAGCCGUAGUGGACCCUACAGCCUUUGUGUAUAGCUGCGUUUAUGACAUGUGCAGCAACAGGGAUAACAUCACCACACUGUGCCAAGCUAUCCAGGCCUACGCUCUAGCCUGUCAGGCCCUGGGUGUUACGAUACGACCCUGGAGAUCUCGCACCUUCUGUGCUUUGUCAUGUCCAGAGUACAGCCAUUACCAAGUGUGCACAAGUGCCUGUCCAGCCUCCUGCUCAGACCUCACUGCUCCUUUGUAUUGUGUCCAUCCUUGCACCGAGGGCUGCCAGUGUGACCAAGGCUAUGUUCUCAGUGGCAGCCGUUGUGUGCAGCGUGAAGACUGUGGCUGUGAGUACAAUGGCCUCUAUUACCCCCUUAAUGACACUUUCUGGGCAGGCCCCAGCGGUGAAGAAGGCGAAUGUGCCCUCCACUGCACCUGUGGGCCUGCUGGAGAGGUCUCCUGCUUCAAUGCAUCCUGUAAGGAGGGUGAGGUGUGUGUGGCAGAGGUAGGCCUGCUGGGUUGCUACCCUCGGAGGGAAGGAGUGUGCUCAAUCACCCAGAACUCAGUGACAUCCUCCUUUGAUGGCACCUUCCUGCUGUUCCCAGAUGACAGCUCUUACUACCUCCUGAAGCUGUGUGGUCCGGUACCAGCUAAUGGCUCAGUGGUGGAAGUGAAAAUAGGCAGGCGGCUGGUCAACAAAGGCCCCGCUUGGAAAAGACCUGUUGUAGUUACAGUGGCUAACCUGGAAGCUCAGAUGGGAGGGAUGGACUUUGACACAGUGAAGGUGAAUGGUGAACAAGUGGCACUUCCAUAUGUCCAUCCAAUGGAUAAAAUGAUGAUCUACAGGGCGCCAGGCAAUGCUACAGUGGUGGAGUCCCAUGGUCUGCUUCGGGUCCACUACACACGCCAAGGAUUCCUCAACAUCUCCCUCUCCACCCUCUUCUACAAUGUUACUUGUGGUCUAUGUGGCGUCUUCAAUAGCAAUGCUACAGAUGACCUUCGCCUCCCUAAUGGACGCCUGGCGGAGUCUACUGAACAGUUCACUGAGGGUUGGCGGUCCAUUGCUGAUGACCUCACUUGUAAUGGGGACUGUGAUGACCUGUAUCGCAUGUGCACAGACUUGCGUCUCUACCAGAGUCCUUGGAUGUGUGGCAACAUCAAUGACCCAGGGAAUAGUUCAUUUCUGGCAUGUCACGCUGUGGUCAACCCCUCACCAUUCUUCAGGAAUUGCUUAUACAACAUGUGUGUAAAGGAAGGGAACCGUUCGGCCCUGUGUUCCUCACUGCAGGCCUAUGCUACCGCCUGUCAGGAUGCUCAAGUAGGCCUCACUUCCUGGAGGAGUGCCACCAACUGCCCUCUUCCCUGUCCAGAGAACAGUCACUUUGAUGAGUGCACCAGCGCCUGCCCUCUGACCUGCGCCAACUUGGAUGAACCUGAAGAGCCGUGUCCUCUGCCAUGCCAAGAGGGGUGUCAGUGUGAGGAGGGCUUUGCGCUGCGGGAUGGCCUGUGUGUGGCACGUAGCGACUGUGGCUGCAUGAGCCACGGGCGCCAGCUGGCUACUAAUCAGACUUUCUGGACAGACUGGGAAUGCCAGGAGCGCUGCUACUGCAAUGGCUCUGACAACAGUGUAUACUGUCAGCUCGCGCCCUGUCAUCCUGAGGAGUACUGCCAAGAGAAUGACGGCCUGUAUUUUUGCCAGCCUCGCACUGAGGCCCUGUGUGUGGCUGCUGGUUAUGGACAUUUUCUGCCCUUUGGUGGCGUACCGUUUGAGCUGCAGAGCUCUUGCACUCUUAGGAUGGCCACCAGCAACUGUGGGAGAGAUAACGGGGACCAUACUGCCAUCACUGGAACUUUUCCCCAAUUCAAACUGGCAGCUCGUAAUGAGGAGAGAGACACAGGCCAGGCCAUUUGGGUGAGGGGCUUUGUACUGGAGGUCUACGAUUAUGAGAUUGAAGUCUCCCGAACCUAUAAAAACACUGUUACAGUGAAUAAGGAGCGUUUGUUCCUUCCUCUGAAGCUGGGCCCAGGAAAGAUCAACAUCUUCACUUUGGGCAUGCAGCUCAUUCUGGAGACAGACUUUGGCCUGAAGGUGGCCUUUGACUGGAACACUCUCCUCCUGUUGACUUUGCCACGCAACCUCUACAAGACCUGCUGCGGCCUCUGUCAGGGCAUGCCGCUAUCCCCACCCACCCUCACCACCACCGACUGGGGCAUGGCCUGGGCAGAGAGGGACACCUUCUGCCAGGUGGGCUGUGGAGACUCCUGCCCUCGCUGUGGCCUGGGAGAGAAAAGCGCGCAAAACGACGGCCCGCUCAUGGUGGCUGAUGCCAACAUGAACAUGGGAACUGAGAAUGGGGCAAACGAGGUCAACACGGGCAUACGUUUCCACAUUGGAGAUGGACUGUAUGUGUUUGUGGAGCCUGAGGCGGUGAGGCUGUGUGGGCUAAUUGUGGAUCGAGGCGGCGUGUUUGCACGCUGUCACAGCAAGGUGGCGCCAGCCUUCUUUUACCAAAGCUGCCUGCAGGACACCUGCUUGGACCAGGGAGCACAGGAUACAAUCUGUAACUGGCUGCAGAUCUAUGCCAGCACCUGUCAGACCCAAGGAGUGCCCGUCACUGGCUGGAGGAGUGAUACACCAUGUGUCCAGAGCUGUCCACCUAACAGCCAUUACUCCAGUUGCAUGUCGGUUUGCCCGCCCCAGUGCGCCCCAGCCCGUGGCCAGAGGGACUGCAGCCAGGACUGUGUGGAGGGCUGCCAGUGUGACCAGGGCUACGUGCUCAACGGCAAGAGCUGCAUCCUGCCUCAGAACUGUGGCUGCUACACCGAUGGCAAGUACUAUGAGCCCAAACAGCUGUUUUGGAACAGCGACUGUACCAAACGCUGCCAGUGCAUCGGACGAAACCUGAUCCAGUGCGACCCUCGGCGCUGUAAGGCCGAGGAAGAGUGCACCCUGCGGUACGGAGUGCGGGGCUGUUUUGCGCGACGCUCCCAGCACUGCGUGGCGUCGGGCGGUGGGGUCUUCAGGACCUUCGACGGGGCGUCGCUACGACUCCCGGCCUCUUGCUCCUUCGUCCUGUCCACCAACUGCCACAAGCUGCCCGACCUCUCCUUCCAGCUCAUCGCUAACUUCGAUAAAUGGAGCACGCCCAACCUCACCACCAUCUCCCAUGUCUACCUUUACAUCAACGAGGAGAACAUACUCAUCUCUGGCAGCACAAUCAAGGUCAACGGUACACCAGUAUCAGUACCGUUUCUAACAGGGCUGAUGACACGUCUGUCCACAUCCGAAGGUUUCAUCGUCAUCGACACGCCCCAGGACAUCCAGGUCCGAUACAACCGCUUCAACACCCUGAGCAUCACGAUGGGCCAGCGGCUCCAGAACAAAGUCUGUGGCCUUUGUGGGAAUUUCAACGGAGACCCCAGUGACGACUACAUCACCUCAAGAGGCAAGCCGGCUGUCAGCGCCCUGGAGCUGGCCCAGAGCUGGAAGACCAACGGUAUGCAGAACAGUUGUGAUGAGACCCAGUACGUGGCUCUGGCCCAGUCUUGUGACAACACAGCGGUGUUGGCGCUGCAAGGUGAAGACGCCUGUCAGAAGCUCACCCUGACGAAAAGCUUCUUCCAGCCGUGCCACGGCCUGCUGGAUCCUCGGCCCUUCUACCAGUCCUGCUACCUGGACGGCUGCUACAAUCACCGCAAGGCUCAGGUCUGCGGCUCGCUGGCGGCCUACGCCGAGGCCUGCCGCUCCAUGGGCACCCUCACCACCAAGUGGAUCACCCAAGAGAACUGCUCAGAAUGGAUCUACGACCCCUGUGCGGGAGAGAUCUGCACAAACUUCACCUGUGAGCUGGAGAACGGAGGCGACCUGUGUGGCUGUCCAGAAUUACCCACCAGCACUGGAGGCGAUGAUGACAUCAUACAGGCGGAGGUGACCUGUAAGCACGCUCAGAUGGAGGUUUCCAUCUCCAAGUGUAAGCUCUUCCAGCUGGGUUUUGAACGAGAGGACGUACGGAUCAACGACGAGCACUGCGCUGGCAUCGAGGGAGAGGACUUCAUCUCUUUCCACAUCAACAACACUAAGGGACACUGCGGCUCCAUCGUGCAGUCAAAUGGCACACACAUCAUGUAUAAAAACACAGUGUGGAUAGAGAGCGUGAACAACACCGGGAACGUCAUCACCAGAGACAAAACCAUCAAUGUGGAGUUUUCCUGCGCUUACGAACUGGACCUGAAGAUCUCACUGGAGACUGUCCUCAAGCCCAUGCUCAGUGUGAUUAACCUCACCUUACCGACCCAAGAAGGAAACUUCAUCACCAAGAUGGCUCUGUAUAAAAACUCCUCGUACCGGCAUCCGUACAGGGAGGGGGAGGUGGUGCUCAGCACACGGGACAUCCUCUUUGUGGGCGUCUUUGUGGAAGGGGCAGAUGAAAAUCAGCUCAUCCUCAUAGUGAACAUGUGCUGGGCCACACCGUCCCGCUACAGCAGCGACCGACUCCGCUACAUCAUCAUAGAGAGGGGGUGUCCAAACAUUAAAGACAACACCAUCGGCAUGGCAGAGAACGGCGUAUCACUCACCUGUCGCUUCCACGUCACCGUCUUCAAGUUCAUCGGAGAUUACGACGAGGUCCACCUCCACUGUGACGUCACCCUGUGUGACUCAGAAACUAACGCCUGCAAAGUGAACUGUCCACACAAGAGAAGAAUGUACUCAGAAGACAGCGACCAUAAAGAGCACAUACUGACUGUGGGACCCAUAAGAAGGAGAGAGUCAGACUGGUGUGAGGACAACAAUGGAGGCUGUGAGCAGAUCUGCACCAGUAAGGGAACUGGGCCAGUCUGCAGCUGUGUGACUGGGAUGCUGCAACAAGACGGGAAAAGCUGCCGGACUGUGAGCUCGAGCUGUAACGUUACACCUGUGGUUCCUCUGCUGAUUGUCAGCGCUGCGAUCUCCGUGUUCCUGGCUCGUAUUCACGCUCCUCUCUUCUCCUAACACCCCGAGAGCAGAGGAGGGCAACGAAUCAAACAGAUCAAACACAUAAAAGACUUGAAGAUGCACAACGUAUCAGCGUUGAUUAGCCCGUAGAUCAGCCGUGCGUGCCAGUCAGAGAAUCUAGACAGAAUACACUGUACAUUCACAAAUCUUUGAAUCCAAAUAACAGCAGUACAAGUGAGGGUUAAGUCUGCUUUCGAGACGUGUGGACAGUCAGUCCUGUUUCUCUUCUCUCCACUUCACAGUGUGGUAUUCUUCUCCACUUCUUCCAUUACUCACAUACAUGUCAUCAUGUAUUAUCGGUCACUUAAAGCCACUAUAUGUAGAAUUUUUAUCUGAUUAUAACGUCUUUUAGAAUAUUCUGAUGUUGUCUGUAGAGAAAACGAAUGCAUUGAUGUAUGCCACAGUGUCUUUUUUUUUUUUUUAACUCCCACUGGAUGACGCCAAAGAAAAUGUUCUAAUCCUACUCGUAGUGGGUUUAAUGUAUAUUUAAUGUAAGACAACUAAAACUACAUGGUUAUGGUUUGGGAAGGAGGUCAGUUAAAUAACAAAAAUCUCAAUUAAAUGAAAGAAACACAGGAUGUGAACCCAGGACACUGGUGUGGAGGAUAAAUGUCCAACUUCCUGACCUCUGCGCUCUGUCUUUACAUUCCUGUCAACAACACUUUACGAACAUUGCCACUGAAUGUAAAUCACCAAUACAGAAUAGUGUCAUGAUGAACAUAAUUGCCAAGAGACGGGGUGGCAUUGUCUGAUACUAACAUCUGAUCACAGGUCUGUGCAUUUACACCUGGUAUUAAUAAGUGUUCUCAUUAUCUUGGUCAUGCCUGGCGUUGAUUGACUCAACAUGCAAAUACUAGUUAAGUGGAGCAAGAAAUGCGCCAACAAACAGAAUGUAUGGCAGGUAAAGGACAGCCUCGCAGGAUAAAUUCAGUUUCUCUGUUAUACUGCAAGAUGUGAUUAACUUCAAACUUUCCACCCAAUCACUCAAACAGUUGAACUGCACGUGCAUGUUAACAAGAGCUGUUCAACUCAUCUCCUUCUACCUGAGGGCCACAAACCUAUCAAUCGCCGCUCAUAUUACUGAAGAGCUUCUCAUUUAAUCAAUACGUUUGUUUACAGAAAAUUUUCAGAUUUUCUGCUUUAUCUUACAGGAUAAUAAACUGAAUAGCUCUGGAGUUUAGACUGUGAGUCAAACAAAACAAGAAAAAACAAAACAAGAAAUAAUUUAUUGAUUCCUUGAGAAAAUAAUCAGCAGAUUAAUGGACCAGUGUGUAGGAUUUAGGGGAAUCUAUUCGCAUAAAUGGAAAAUAGAAUUCAUUAAUCACCUGUAAUUAAGAAUCUUUUCAUCAUCUUAGACUGAUACCUUCAUCUCUCCACAGAGAGCAGGUCUUCUUCCACAGAGUCCACUAUGCCAUCUGCAAUCUCACCACUAGGUGGCACUAACUCCUGCACACUGGUCCUUUAAUCGAUAAUGGUACUAAUCAUUACAUCCAGCACUAAAAGCAGCAGACUGGCACAUGUCCUGCAUAAAUAUCCACUGAUAGUGCCUUUAAGAACAGUCAAGAAUUUCAAUUGAUCUCCGUGGGAACAAGUCUUACAAGUCGAAAUUGAUGUUGCUCUUGUAUGGGCUCUACUUCAUCAUGCCUGUUGCUAGAGAGAACAGGAUGAGACAUAGCUCGUUGACGUUUACACAUAUUUGGCAUAGCAGUAUGUACUCACCACCUCCAGAUAUGGUUUCAUUGGAGAUGCAAUGCAUUGAGUGUGUAUUCACACCGUGUGUUUUUCCAUAUCCAGAUAGAUUAUUACCAGGUGUACAUGUCCUCUAAACGUCCUGCUCUGAUAGUGUCUGUAAUUAAAGCGUGUGAAUAUAAACUCUACUGACUGCCUGUUGUUGAACCGUACAUCUACUGGCUGCCUUUAACCAGAGCAGAGCUGAUCUAUUUACUUCCUAUUUGACCUCCAGACCAACUACUGUAAUUACAGAGUUUACUAUUCUAAACUAGCAAACUCUACACAGAAAAAAGGCGGUGGAUCGUGUAUUUCAUAAUGCAAACAGUGGCAGAGUACACUGUAAACAAGUGGUCUACAUUUAUGUUGGAUGACAAAGUGGAGUUUAUGAAUGAAGUGAGUAUUUAUGUGUGAGGAGAGCGCCUUGUGAAAUGAAUACUCUAAUAUUUUAAGCUCAGAUGUUAGUGUCAUAGCUUCGUGCCCAGGAUGUGUUGUGGCUGUAAAAUAUGCAAUCAGUUGUGCCAUUAAAAUAUUUCUUCAAUUCUGUCUUAAUCAGUCAUAGUUUCCUCAUGUAUUUUCUGACACCACUCUCAUACAUACUGACUGAUUCUGAACAUCAGGACUGGACAUGUGAGGAUAUAAUGCUUUAAUACUGUCAACAGAGUGAGUACUGGACUCUCCGAGUACAGUCCCCCGUCAACUUCUUUCUAUUUGGCACCUUAUUUUAUAAAUGUCACCUUCAGUGUUCUUCACUGAAGCCAGAUGAAAUUCUCCGUUUUGGUGUAGUUGCUAGCUAUUAGCUCUUUUUUUUUUUUUGCUACAUUCUGUGUACAAAUGUACAGUCAUUGUCAGUUUGGUGGUUUAUGUCUUGACUGUUUUUAAUAAUCAGUAUCUUUUUGUGUGUGUUUAAAAACGUGACCAAAAGAUGUUUUAUCCUUUGAGAGCGAGCGUCACCCUACCGUAAAUAAAUGAAGAAG